GAAAAACCAAGCAAAAGAAAGAAAGCGAGCCCGCGGGCAUGUCGUCGUUUGGACUGGAGCUGGCGGGCGUGUCGGUGGCGCUGCUGGGCUGGGCCCUGAGCGCGGUGAGCUGCGCGCUGCCCAUGUGGCGCGUGUCGGCCUUCGUGGGCGCCAACAUCGUGACGGCGCAGGUGUACUGGGAGGGCCUGUGGAUGAGCUGCGUGUUCCAGAGCACGGGCCAGAUGCAGUGCAAGGUCUACGACUCCAUGCUGGCGCUGCCCGCCGACCUGCAGGCGGCGCGCGCCCUGACCGUGGUGGCCGUGGCCGUGGGCGCCCUGGCCCUGCUCAUCGCCCUGGUGGGCGCCAAGUGCACCAACUGCGUGGAGGACCCCGGCGUCAAGGCCCGGGUGAGCGUGGCAUCCGGCGCCGCCUUCAUCGCGGCGGCGCUGGCCGAGCUGGUGCCCGUGUCGUGGUCGGCCAACACCAUCGUGGUGGAGUUCUACAGCCCCGUGGUGCUGUCGGGCCAGAAGAUGGAGAUCGGGGCGGCGCUCUACCUGGGCUGGGCCGCCGCGCUGCUGCUGCUGGUGGGGGGGGCCAUCCUGUGCUGCAACUGCCCCCCGCGCCAGGAGAACUACGUCGCGCGGCUGCCCCUGAGCCGCGCGGCCUACUCGGCCGCCCCCGCCGGCUCCGUCGCCCGCGGCUCCUACGGCAGGAAGGACUACGUGUGCGCCUUUGGUCCGCCUUUGGUCCGCGUAAGGAAGGAGCGUCGGGGCGAGGCGGCGGCCAUGUCGAUGGGCACGGAGCUGAUGGGCAUCUGCCUGGGCGCGCUGGGCUUUGUGCUGUCGGCGCUGGCGUGCGCGCUGCCCAUGUGGAAGGUGACGGCCUUCGUGGGCGCCAACAUCAUCACGGCGCAGAGCGUCUGGGAGGGCCUGUGGAUGAGCUGCGUGACGCAGAGCACGGGCCAGAUGCAGUGCAAGCUCUACGACUCCAUGCUGGCGCUGCCGCGGGACCUGCAGGCGGCGCGCGCCCUCACCGUGGUGGGCGUGGUGGUGGGCGCCCUGGGCCUGCUCAUCUCCCUGGUGGGCGCCAAGUGCACCAACUGCGUGGAGGAGCCCGGCGACAAGGCCCGGACCACCAUAACGGCGGGCGCGGCCUUGGCCCUGGCCGGCCUGCUGGUCCUGGUGCCCGUCUGCUGGACCGCCCACGUGGUGGUGCGCGACUUCUACAAUCCCAUCCUGACCAACCCGCAGCGGCGGGAGCUGGGGGCCUCGCUCUACGUGGGCUGGGGGGCCGCCGGCCUGCUGCUGAUCGCCGGCGCCAUCUUGUGCAGCGCCUGCCCGCCCAAAGAGCGCCGCUACAAGCCGCCCGGGACGGCCUACUCGGCCCCGCGCGCCGACGCCGCCGGAUACGAGCGCAAGGACUACGUCUGAAGCCAACGAGGGAAGCGAGCGUCCUCCUUCUGCCCUUCAAAUCCUCCGUCGGUCCUGAAGAACAAAGCGCAUUUCAAACUUUCAUCUUUAUUUUUGGAGAUCAAGAAGUAGUCUUGUAGAUCGAGUGUCGAGGGGGGGGGGUCUUAUUAGGUCUUUGUGUGCGUUAGUCGGUGUCGCGUUUCACUGAAACUGUCGCUUUCAACCAGCCUGCUCUCAUUUUACAUUUUGCUUCUUGAGCGCAGAUUCACUUGCGCGCGUGAGAGUGCGUGCGUGCGUGAGAGAGCGCCCACAGCGCGGCCUCCUCAUGAAGACUCCGACAUGAAGUUGAACUCUUCCUGCUUUGCUCUCGUGUUCUUUUUGUGGUUGUGUGCUCAGAGGUGUCGCCUUUCACCGAAACUCGGUGUUUAAACCAACCGGCUCUCAUUUCAUAUUUGCAUUUGCUUCUCCCUCCACGUGCGCGUCCUAUUUGCUUGCUUGCAGUGGGACAGAAAGCGAAGAUGGCCGCAAGGCCGCCCGUCCUGCGCUCGCAGUCAAACUCGAUGAACGAUUAGCGACAAGAUCGGGAAUGGAAGCUUCUCAAAAGAGCACACUUGCGCGUCACGUGACUCGCGUUUGUUUUGACUUUGAUCCGGUGGGGGCCACGCCGCGCACGAGGGCGGAAUGCGUUUGUCGAUUGAAAAAUUGAGUGCGAUCCGCACCAACCGCAUUUUGGUCACUCUCGUCCGGUACGUUUCAAUAAAGCGGCUGAAGAAAA